AUGGGUGACGGAAAAAUUAUAGCGCCUUUAUUGCAAACAAAACAAAUUGACAUCGAGUUUGACGGAUUGAGUUUCGCAGUUAAAAAAGGAAAAGAAACCAAACAAAUUGUUAAAGGCGUUUCGGGUAAAUUCAAAUCUGGAGAGCUUACAGCGAUUAUGGGGCCCUCAGGGGCUGGAAAAACAUCUUUACUGAAUAUAUUGACUGGUUUUCAAAAAUCUGGUACCGAAGGAACCAUAAAAUGUACAGGCGGUUUAAAAACGAAAAAAGGCGCUCUGCAGUACAAAAAAGAAUGCUGUUACAUCCUGCAGGACGACCAGUUGGCACCCCUGUUCACCGUGGGGGAAAUAAUGAACAUUGCUGCCAACCUGAAGCUCGGAAAUAUCACCGAAAAAGGGAAACAAUUUCUGAUAGAUGAAAUCUUGAAAACCCUUGGACUUUCAAUGUGCUACCAAACAAGGUGUAAUCGUUUAUCUGGCGGUCAAAAAAAACGACUAUCGAUAGCGCUCGAGCUAAUAGACAACCCGCCCAUCAUGUUCUUGGACGAACCCACAACCGGACUGGACAGCCUGUCGUCCUCGCAAUGCGUGCAGAUGCUGAAAAAACUCGCCCGAGAAGGCCGAACCAUAAUCUGCACCAUCCACCAGCCCAGCGCGUCCAUUUACGAACUGUUCGACCACGUCUACGUCAUGGCGCAAGGCCAGUGCAUCUACCAGGGAGCGAGCGACAACACUGUGCCCUACCUAUCCUCGGUGGGCUUCAACUGCCCCCAAUACCACAACCCCGCCGAUUACCUGCUCGAAGUGGCCAAUGGAGAGUACGGGAUUGUGACGGAUAUGUUGGCCCAAGCGGCUGUGGAAAAAAAUUGGAGGAAAGUCGCAAAACUUGAAGAAGAAGAACGUAAUAACAGUAUAGAUUUGGAUAUUUAUCCUGCUGAUAGUCAUUCCACAAAACAGUAUACUCCCCCUUCAGAGUUUAAGAAAUUUUUUAUUUUGUUAAGAAGGACCUUUUUGCAAAUCUACAGAGAUUGGACAAUUUCACACCUUAAAUUAGUUCUACACCUGCUAGUUGGCAUCUUUUUGGGAAUAUUCUUCCAAAACGCCGGACAAGACGGUUCAAAAACCAUAAACAACCUAGGCUUUUUGCUAGUAAGCACUGUAUACCUAUGCUACACAUCGCUAAUGCCCGCCGUCUUAAAAUUUCCCUCGGAACUGGCGAUAUUGAAAAAGGAAAGAUUCAACAACUGGUACAGCCUGAAAACCUACUACGCGGCGUUUCUGGUGUCGGACAUCCCGAUGCAGAUUAUUUUUUCGCUUGGUUACACUCUGACGUCGUAUUUUCUCAGCGGGCAACCCUACGAGAUAUCGCGGUUCCUCAGAGUCCAAGGUAUUCUGGCUCUAGUCAACCUCGCCUCAUCCAGUCUUGGAAUUCUUUUGGGCACUCUGGUCAACCCCAUUAAUGGUACAUUUUUGGGGGCAAUUUUGUCGUGUUUGAUGCUAUCAGUCGCUGGUUUUCUGGUAAUCUUCACGCACAUGUCCAGCGUAAUGUACCUCUUAACGUAUAUUUCCUAUCAAUCUUUUGCUAUGGAGGGAAUGGUGCAGGCGCUAUACAGCUUCGAUAGGGCCCCUCUGACGUGCCCUGAUGACGUCGAAUACUGUCAUUAUCGCUUCCCCAAGCAAAUCUUGACGGAAUUCGGGAUGGAGAAGGAUAACUAUUGGGUGGAUGUGGCAUAUUUGUUGGGGAAUUUCGUUGUUUUAAGGUUGAUAGCGUUCUGCACGCUAAAAAAGAAACUUUCGGCGAAAUGA